AUGAAAUAUUUCUUUUCAUAUCUUUUAUGUACCUUGACUCUCUUCUUUCCACACCGAAUAUUCAGCGGUACAACAAGAAUCAAUCGUAACACAAACAUCGAUGAAUUCAUUAAUAAAUUUCUCCAGUCCGACAAAUUCGAUGAACUCGCCAACAAAAUAGCCGAGAAAGCAGUUGAAAAAAUGAAAAAUUUACAAGACUUCAACUUACGUAAAAAGAAAAAAGCGAAGGACAGUUUGAAUUAUCGCGUUUCUGAAGAGAAAAACGAUUCAGUUAAAGACGAUAUUAUAACAUCAAAACUAAAAGAUAACAUGGUAGCGUUAGUUAGUCAUGCACCGUCCCCUUUUGGUAAUUUAAGUCUAAAAUACAAACAUUUUUUGAAAAAGAAAUCUAAUGGAAGUGAAGCUGAACAAAAAUCUGCUAAAGAAAUAAAACCCAACGAAAAAACUAUAACGAAUAUUUCAAACAAAAAGAAAAAAUUAAAGGGAGAAGAAAAUAAAGAAAAUAGAGACGAAUAUAUGUCUUCCUCAAUAGAAUCACAGAGUUUGAAAGACAACAGUGUCAAUAAGAACGCAACUAAAGCUGAACCAGAAUUAGAUAAAGAAAUCAAUUCAGAUUCAUCAGAAACAGAAGACGAUAAUAACCGUGAUAGCUCACAGGCAGUAGCUAGUAAAAGCUCUCUUGAAACUUAUUACAAAAGUGUUAGAUUAAAUAACAAUACUUCAAUGCCUGUCAAUGCUUCCAAUGAUAAAAAUAUAGGUGAAUCUUCAGAAGACACAAACAAAACGGAUGUGUCAAGAAAUGAAACGGACGAUGACGGAACAUCGGUAAAAAAGAGCGCCGUGGCUUCAAAUAAAAAUAACACACAAUCAAAGCGGACUCUUCGCAAGGAAAAUGGUAGAAUAUACGUUCUAGAAUCUUCUUCGGAAUAUGACGAAUACCGGGAGAAGAUCUACGAUACUGUUUUGUUAUAA